CAAACACAAAACCAACAACUAACAAUGGAUUUUGGAAGGUUUCCAAUAAUCUCAAUCCUCGAAGACAUGUUCGAAGUCCACGAAGAUCACAACAACGAGAAGAGCCGUAACAAUCCAUCAAGAACCUACGUGCGAGACGCAAAGGCAAUGGCAGCUACACCAGUUGAUGUCAUCGAGCAUCCGAACGCGUAUGCAUUCGUCUUUGACAUGCCUGGAAUCAAAGGAGAUGAGAUCAAGGUUCAAGUAGAGAACGAGAACGUUCUUGUGGUGAGUGGAGAUAGACAAAGAGAGAACAAAGAAGGUGUGAAGUACGUGAGGAUGGAGAGAAGAAUGGGUAAGUUUAUGAGGAAGUUUCAGUUACCUGACAAUGCAGAUUUGGACAAGAUCUCUGCUGUUUGUCAUGAUGGUGUGUUGGAAGUGACUGUUCCGAAACUUCCUCCUCCUGAGCCUAAGAAGCCAAAGACUAUUCAAGUUCAAGUUUCUUGAAUUUUUUCAAGAUUGUGUUUGUGUGUUACCUCUGUUUUUAACUUUUGAGUUUGAAUGUAA